AUGAAAGGAAUAGUCUCUCAGUCAAUCAAAGAAGUUCUGCAAUCUUUGGUUGAUGAUGGGCUUGUUCAAGCAGAUAAGAUUGGAUCUUCAAAUUUCUUUUGGAGCUUCCCGUCACAGCAAGGCACCGCAAUCCAAGCACGGGUCAACGCUUUGAAGGAAACCCAUAAAAAUCAUCAGAUCCAAAUAUUGGAACUGAGAAGCGCGAUUUCGGUCGAGGAAUCCGCUAGAUUGGAUUCUGAAGCUCGCUCCGUUGCGCUUGCUAAGCUCUCCGAUUUAAGGAGAGAACUCGAUAGCCAAGAAGCAGAACUCAACGCAUACGGUGAUUCGAAUCCGGCCAAAGUUGACGAGUUAAAGCGCGCAGUUUUCCUGGCAAAAGAAGCUGCCUUGCGCUGGACUGAUAACUAUGGCACGCUUGCUGGGCAUUUUACUCGUCAAAAUGGGGUAGCCUUGCAGGAUGUUCGCAAGUAUUUGGAAAUAGGGGAGGACUACGAAGAUAUUUGCUAG